AUGCCACCUAGUCAUACUCGCGCCACCAACGACUCUAACAAAGAGAACGCAAUGGACGUCGAUGUUCCCAAUGAAGGAGGAGAGGAAGCUGUACCAACGACGAAAAUAGAAGACGGUAUCGAACAUGAAGACUUUGACCCCAAUCAAGAUAAAGAAGAAAAGAGGUGGUUAAGAAAAGCUUAUCGAAAUUUAAUAUUACAAACUGAAGAAAAUCGCCAGGAAUAUCUCAGACCAGAGUCUGACGGACUUAAGAGGACUCUUAAGAAGGCAAACGAGUUAUAUCAAAAAGUCAAGCAAACGCAUGAAGCAACCCUUGAUUCUCGCCUGCUAGUUCUUUCGGGCGACCUCGGAGUACAGAAGGCCCGGUUGAUGCGAGUGGAUAGUAACGCAUUUGAUGCUGAUGAUUAUAUUACGAAACUUGUUACCUUCAUGGGCGGUCGUCAUAUUGACGACGAAGAUGAAACUCCGAAAUUAGACUGGAAAGCUCUUGGGAAGGUAGCGGCGGGGUUUACGGAUCGCGUACCGGCUAUGGACUUUAUGCUUGGUCCAUUGUCGGUCGAACAGAAACAGCGAAAGGCGUCUGGUCCGCGCGCUCGGCUUGAGAAAUGCAAAGAAGAUCUGAAGCGACCGCAAGAGAUUAAAGAAGGAGAUCUUAUAAGAGAAGAAAACGAGACAACCCGUAAUGUCGUCAUGAUCUACAAAAUUCUUAAAGAAAAUACCCCAAUAAACAUGUUCGAAUUCAUACUAAACCCCGAGUCGUAUGGUCAGUCCGUUGAAAAUUUGUUCUAUGUUGCAUUUUUGAUACGGGAUGGAAAGGCAUGUAUCGAGGACGAGACGGGGGAACCAAUACUAUCAAUCUGCGAACCCCCGACACAAGAAGAUUACCAGAAUGGAUUAACGAAAAAUCAACUAGUCAUGGAAUUGGAUUAUCACACAUGGAAGGAUACAAUUGAGUGCUACGGCAUCGAACGAUCAGUCAUCGCUACAAGACGGAAGAAAGCAGUGACUAAUGGAAGGUGGUAUGCCUGA